AUGGAUAUGCCUUCCUUUAAAAAAACCCUUAAUGCAGAAUUUACAUCGAUAACUUUUGCAGUGGGUAAUUCAAUAGAUAACACUAAUCAAGUGGUUCCAACAAUUACUGAAAACGAUAUCUCCAAAAAACAAAAAAGAGAUAACGACUCCGACGACGAAUAUUCUCGUCGCCGGCAUAAACAUCAAAAGAAAUCAACUAGUUCAAAACAGCGCUCUUCCGCUUCUAAAGAACAAGAAGAUUCUAGCUCAGAUUCUUCUUUCGCUUCUAAAAAACACAAAAAACAAGAAGAUUCAGAUUAUUCUCGGACAA